AUGUCGUUCAACUUCAAAUGGCCGACUUUCUCGGAGGCGUUCCACACGAGCGCAGCGCAAAUGCUCAACAGCGCGCUCAACCGUGGACCAAAGCCAAAAGUCAUUGCGGACGACAUCUUAGUAGAAGAGCUUGGAAUGGGCACCAUCCCUCCAGAGCUCGAGAUUCUCGAGAUUGGUGACCUUGGUACCGACCGUUUCCGCGGCAUCUUCCGACUCACGUACGCCGGCGAUGCACAUCUCGUCCUAAAGACAAAGGUACAGGCCAAUCCACUUUCUAAACCCAACCGACCAGACAUUGGCCUCUUUCCUUCCUCCAAUGCAUCCAGAGGUAUUCUAUUUGCCGCUGCGCCGCUCGUCGUGCCCAUGCACUUGCGGCUCUCGUCUGUCAAGCUUCGUGCCAUUGUCGUCCUGGUCGUCUCAAAGGCCAAAGGAAUCACACUCGUCUUCAAGAAUGAUCCACUCGAGAGCGUCGAAGUGAGCUCCACUUUUGACAGUGUAGCCGUCAUCCAAAAGUAUCUCCAACAAGAAAUUGAAGGGCAGUUGCGCGAGAUGUUCCGAGAAGAUUUGCCCGGCAUCAUUCACAGAUUGAGCCAAAGGUGGCUUAGCGGCGAGGUCAAAUCGGAGAAGGAGAAGGCGAAGCAAAGGUCAGAGGCGGACGAUGUCUCACAAGGACCUAAGCCCACACGGACAAGAGAGCCAAAUCUUCCGCGUUCCUCCAGCGAGCCUCUUGACGUUCUCGAGACUGCCUCUGCGUCAGGCGGUCCGUCCAGACGCACUCAUAACAAGGGCAGAAAGUCGCAGCAAGGAAGGUCAGCAGGCAAUGUGGCUGGGUCUGCCGCUCCGUCUAGUCGCUCUCCUCCGAAAGCUCGUGGAAGCUUGCGGCGGCCUCGACACGUCGCUAAGGCUGCAUCUACCUCAGCCGCCCUGCUUCACGAUGAGCUUCCUUCGACUCACGCGUCCCCCUUCGAUGCCGCCUUCCCUGACAUUGAGCACUACGAUCCUACAUAUGGUCUACGUCCUGACGAUCUGCCAACACAUAGCGGCUUCUCUGGGCUCGGGAAACUGGCUCAACGAGGUCUUGGUGGGCUCAAGGAUCUCACAGCACCAUCGCCCACGCUCGGUCCGACGAAGGCCAUCAUGCAGGAUGGCAACGACAUCGAUCUGGACGGAGCUGCUUUUGACGAUCUCGAAAUGCGAUCAGAUGAUGUCGACUCAGAACUUGAUCAGGAUCACGAUGGCAAUGACUCGCAGGAAGGCGAGCGUUCGGAGGAUGACAUGACCACGGACUCGGACGCCGACGCAGCUUCGGAAGAGCUCGAAGAUGACGUGCCUGACCUGGACAUGCACGAGCAAGACAGUGCUGUCGACACUUCCAUUGACUACACCCGCUUUGGAUACCCACCUGCCUCCGCCGCCUUUUCCGACACCCAUGAGCUCAAUCGCGCUUCUUCCAUCAUCUUUGACAAUCAGCCUCAGUCGUCAACGAAGCGAGGCAAGCGAAGCUCGCAGUCUGGCCGUCCUUCAUCGGGUGCUCGUGGUGCGUCUUCCACUCGAUCUGAGAGAUCAGCAACGUCGUCCGCUCGAAGGAAGAAGCCAGAACCUGAGAUCCUUUACGAAACAAUCCCCGCAGUGGGAGGCGGUACGGUGACAAGGCCUAGAAUCUAUCACACCGCUAGCAAGGUGCAGCCUCCGGAGGUGGACUGGGAUGACGAGGACACAGCUCGACCGUCUCAGUACGGUGGUACACCCUCCACAAGAACGGGUGCGACUCAUUUCGGAUCUGACUACGGCAGUGCCACGAUGGGUGCUCAGAGUUCGCGCACCAACACAGUGCGGGGUAUGCACGAUUCGCCUCAGCUUGGUGCCGCCUUUGUUUCGCGCGACAGUAGUGACGAGAGCUUGUUGGACCUCCCGCCUGGAUCUUACCACAGCAGCGACGCUUCCCUUCAGCAGGUCCUCGAUGCAGAGCACUCAUCUUCCUCAAGCUCAAGCCAGCGAAGGAGCCUUGCGAACGGGAGGCCGGCCUCGACGAGCCGCGAUUCUUCCCACCGUGAUCUUUCCAUUCAAGAUUUACAAUGGGACCACAGUGCCGCCGCAAGCACCGCACCGACUUCGUCUCAGUCGCAGAACUGGGAUAUGCAGAAUGGAUUCGAUGCUGCAAGCCGAGCUGCCAACGCUCAGCUCAACUCGGAAACACAGUCAAACUCCGGCAUCAAGUUCCGCAAGAACAAGAGCGCAAACCACCAGCGUUCAAAGACAAUGAAGAAUGGCGAUCGUUCUGGCUUCCUUCCGCAACGCACCGGGGAAGGUCCCGGCCUUGCUGCCACUCCAGGUCGAAGCAGAGUCACCUAUGCAACCUCUCCGCCUGGCGAUUUGGCCAGUUGGGAGCGCAGUCCACAGUUGCGAGCAACCUCAGACCGAGAUGCGGUCUUUUCGACGUCACCCUCUGGCGCGCAAGAUAUGCUGUCGAUCUCGCCCUUCCGUGAUUCGAGCCUCCAUCAUGGCAGCCCACGGGGUGCCUCUAACAUGGCAGGACCCUUUGCUAGCGCGAGCAACAGUCCGCAAGCUGCGGGUCAGUCAAAAGGUGGACACGGCUCUGGGAAUGCACCGACUCGACUGUCGAUCGAUGCCUCUGCUCACUUCCUGGAUCUGGUCAAGUCGAACCAUACGUUGAGUCCCUUUACAAGGAACAUGGAGCAUUUCACUGUGCGAAGUGCACCUGUGACACCUGGUUGGCAGACGACGUCGGGGAGUGCCAGUGUUGUAGGAAGCAGCGCUGCCAGUGGGACCGGUACGACAAGUGGAAGCUCGCAGACUGGCGCGAUGAGCAAGCAACGCAAAUGUAGCAGUGAUAACAAGCAUGCCAACGGUAGGCAAGCUUCAUUUGAGCAGAAGACCCCUCGAGACGCAGAGCCGCCCGUACCUUCCUCUGGCUUGCCAGCGAGACGACGUCGUACCUUCCAGCUGGGCUCGUCCAGUUCGCACGAUGACAAUACUGCAGCCACGUCUUCUCAGCCCAAUAGAAACGCGUCGACAAACCCAGCGCAUGGCGACAUUGCAGCUGGCUCUGACGAGUACGGCUUCUCACGCUUUGCUGGCUCAGGACCGAAACCUUUCAAGGCGGGCAGCUCUUCUUCUUUGUCCGCCGCUGAAUCGAGCAAAGGCAUUCGAUCUGGCGUCAAGGAUGCCCGUCGACGAAGCAGACCGGAUUCGAUGGGUCCACCUUCCGAAGCUGCGCGACUGAGCGCUCUGCGAUGGGAAGCCAUUCGUGAAUAG